CAAAUUAACAGGGCAAAAAGUCAAAAAAUCCUCUUAAAACGAACAUAACCUCUCUUUUUCGUUGUUAACCUUACAUUUUGUAAAUAAUUUAUAUUGGCUUUUUUCAAAAUUAAUCAAAAUGGAUAACCUUUCUUCGUUAUCAGGAGUGCAAAAAGAUGAAUUGAUGGAUCAGGUAAAACAACAAAUUGCAGUUGCAAAUGCUCAAGAACUACUGACAAAAAUGACUGAAAAAUGUUUUAAAAAAUGUAUAUCGAAACCUGGAACAUCGCUGGAUAGUUCAGAACAAAAAUGUAUAGCCAUGUGUAUGGAUAGGUAUAUGGAUUCCUGGAAUUUGAUAUCAAAAGCGUAUAGUACGAGAAUUCAAAGAGAAAGAAGUCGUAUGUAAAUAUAGUGUAAUACUAUUUGGUCAUGAAAGUGUCGUAGGUAUAUGCUGUAGUUUAUAUUUCUAUUAUUUUUUACAAUGGAAUUUCAAAUUGCGAAUGCAGGGCAUAUUGUGCUAUUUUGCCUGCCAUUAUCAUUGUUGUUAAUAAAGUUGUCUCAGAA